UCAAAAGCCUGGAACACUAACUGCCAGCAGCCGCACAAAUAUGCCGACACGGCGGUACCAAAACCUCGUACAUCCUGCAGUCAGACUCUGGAGGAAACGGCGGUGUGUUUUUAACCAGGAACAAGGCGCUUAUUUAAACUUGAAGCUACAGAUAACCUCCGAGUUUGGACGGUGAGUUUUUGUCCUGAACGGACUGUAUGAAAAGGCUGAACUUCCAGGAUCCUGCGCACCCACAGUGGCGGACAGUGCGGUGGUUUGGUCUGGAUUGAACAGGGAGGUAACGCCACGUACGACGAUAAACAGGCAAUUAAACAAUAGCUUUGGCGGCUGAGUCGGUAACCGCACGGCCGAGUUGUAGAGCCAAACACAAUGUGUAGCCAGCGAUGAUCAACUUGGUGGAAAGUUGGGAGAGACGACGCAUGAAAGGACGUAAUUACAAAAAAUGAUGUUUUUUUUAACGCAGUUUGGCAAGCCGAAUUAAGCUCGUCCCCACGCGACCUCGAACUCGUUCCUCGCGUACAAAACUCAGUAAUAAUUUGUGCGAAGUGACCAUGGAGGAGCAGGAGAGAGACAUCUCGGACAUAGAGCCGCAGGAGUGCCCCUCGGUGGUGGAGAACGGAGUCAUGCUGGUGGUCAAUCACAGCCGGGUCCACCCCCCCUUCAGCAUCGUGCUGGCCACCGUGCUCUACUGCGCGGAGUUCGUCACCGCCGCCGUGCUCUGCAGCAAGUACCACAAGACCGACGAUGUGAUCUGGAUGGGCUUCACCAUCACCUUCAUGCUGCUGCCCGCGGUGCUCAUUCAACUGGCCCUGACCUUCAUCCACAGAGACCUGGGUCGGGACCGGCCUCUCGUCCUCUUCCUGCACCUGCUGCUGCUCGGCCCUGUCAUCAGGUGUUUCGAGGCUCUGGUGGUCUAUUUCAAGGCGGGAAAAAGGGAAGAGCCUUACGUCACCAUUUCCAGGAAGAUCAGUCUGAAGAAGGGACAGGGGACGCCCAUGGAGUGGGAAAUCGGCCAAUCGGAGCGCAUCCUAGCCACUCACAGAAACGCUUUCAAACGCACGGCGGUCAUCCAGGCUUUUCUGGGAUCCACGCCUCAGCUGACGCUCCAGCUGUACGCCACCAUCCAGGAGAAAUACCUCCCGCCUGAAAGAUGCACUCUGAUGAUUAUCACCCUGAUCUCCAUCAUAUACGGGGCUCUUGUGUGCAGCGUUCUGGCCAUCCAGAUCAGAUAUGACGACUACAAGGUGCGGCUGCGCCCUGCGGCCUACCUGUGCAUGAUCAUAUGGCGAGGGCUGGAGAUCGCCACCCGGCUCUCCGCUCUGGUCCUCUUCAGCACGGCGCUCACACACUGGGUGAUCCUUGUCGGCAUGGCUAACCUGCUCUUCUUCUUCUUCCUCCCCUGGGUUGAGUUCUGGGCCAGGAAAGGCUCGCUGACCGAGGACGUGGAGAAGAACUUCUCUAAGCUCGGCACCAUAGUGGUGCUGAGCAUGUUCACGUUGCUCUACGCCUGCAUCAACGUCUUCUGCUGGUCAGCGGUGCAGCUGGACCUCACCCACCGAGAGCUCAUUGAGAGGAAGCAGCACUGGGGCCGCCUGGCCAUGUACUACUGCGGACGCUUCGUCGAGAACUUGGUCCUCAUCACGCUCUGGUACUUCUACAAGUCAGACUUCUACGAGUACGUGUGUGCGCCGCUGCUGGCCAUCCAGCUGCUGAUCUCCUACAGCUUCGCCGUGCUCUUCAUGCUGCUCUUCUACCAGUUCUGCCACCCCUGCAGACGCCUCUUCAAGUACAACGUCCACGACUGCCUGCGCUGCGUGUGCUGCCGCAAAGGAACAACGGGAGCGAGAGGAGGACGACGGAAGCCGGCGCCCUCGUACUCCACCGCUGGCACCAUGGUGCUGGUGCCGGAGGAGCCGCUAGAGCUGCUGGACCCCCAAAACUCAGAACCCCACAACCUCACCAGUCAGCUGGGGGAACGUGAGACAGCUAUUGUUGAAGACAUGAUGGAGGCAGCCUGAGGGUCCUUGUGAGGAAUUAAAUGAACAAACUUAACUUCUCUAAUGUAGAAAAGCAGCUGGUGCUGCAGGGUGCACUGCUGAACCAGACCUCGAGUCCUUUAACACAAAAACCUGAGUGAUUUUGUGUUUUUUGAGUUAGCAAAGUGAUGUGUUAGAGAACAAACUUCUGCCUUUUUCUCUUAAGUGCACAGAACUUUACUCAUUCAUAGUUCUGAGAGGGAUUUAGGUUGGCGCCUGGUGUCUUUAUCGGGGAUGAUUACGUACACUUAGGGCACCACGAGGCCCCAGUAUACCAAAGAAUGUAGCAGGUCGAGAUGUGCGGUGAUGCACAAAGGCCGCGUUGAGAGAGCAGCGGUGGGUCAUGCACAGGACUGAGCCAGGUGUGCAUGAAACGUGCCAAGUGUGUCCGAGGCGGGAACACCCCCAGUUCACUUCCUCUCAGGGUUACCACACCAUGAACGCCCCCUCUGCACACGUUUGCAUCUGCACUAAAACAAACUUUAAAAAAAAAAAAAAAGCACGAGUGCAGAAAAAGGUCAGAAGAAGAAUUUUUCUUCCUCAUACCCGACCGCAUAAACCUGCUGUGAUGAAUGCCUUGUGUUGUUCAUCGUCCAGUCAGGUUGCCUUGAUUAAAGGAAAAAAAAACUUUGGCAAAAGAAAGGUGGAAAUAUGUGAGAGAUGGAUGAAAAGAUUCCUCUGUAGAGAAGUCAGGUGUGUGUCUUUCAGAAAUAACCUUACAUGUGAUCCAUUAACAACACUGACACUGAACUAGCUUCUAUUUUAUUGAAGUGCUCCCACAGUUUGCUUGUUUUUUAUGUUUUGUCUUGUUCGUUCGUUCAGUGCCUUGACUGCUACUGUUUUACUUGAAACUUGAAUAAAAGAAUAAAAGAUCUGUCUGCA